GUUGCCUAUGACAAUUUAUUUAGAAACAAAUCUUCAGUAAAAUAUAUCGUUAAACGGCAGAAUGAGAGCCGUUCCUACGUGGAUAGAUAAAGUGCAUGAUCGUGACAAAGUUGAGCAAUGUAUAUAUGACCUCGCCUUCAAGCCAGAUGGUAGUCGGCUAAUUGUUGCUGCAGGAAAUUGUGUUCUGGUUUAUGACACAAAAGAUGGAACUCUAAUCCAGCCAUUGAAAGGACACAAAGACACUGUUUAUUGUGUGGCCUAUGCCAAAGAUGGUAAACGCUUUGCCUCAGGUUCUGCAGACAAAAGUAUCAUCAUCUGGACAUCUGAACUGGAGGGUAUUUUGAAAUACACUCAUAAUGAUUCCAUUCAGUGUGUUGCCUACAACCCUGUUACUCACCAAUUAGCCUCCUGCUCUUCUGGGGAUGUUGGCUUAUGGUCCCCAGAACAAAAAUCGGUGUCCAAGCAUAAAGUGAGCAGCAAGAUAACAUGUUGUGGAUGGACAAAUGACGGCCAGUACCUUGCCUUGGGCAUGAUGAAUGGAGUGGUGAGCAUCCGGAACAAGAACGGGGAAGAGAAGGUCAAGAUAGAGCGUCCGGGAGGCUCUUCCUCUCCUAUCUGGUCCAUUGCUUGGAACCCGUCUAAGGAUGAGCACAACGACAUUUUGGCUGUGGCAGACUGGGGACAGAAGUUGUCCUUCUAUCAGCUCAGUGGUAAGCAGAUUGGGAAAGACAGAACUCUCACCUAUGACCCAUGCUGCGUCAGCUACUUUUCCAAGGGCGAGUACAUAGUUAUGGGUGGCUCUGACAAACAGGCCUCCCUCUAUACUAGAGAUGGCGUGCGGCUUGGCACCAUCGGAGAGCAGAACUCCUGGGUGUGGACGUGCCGGGUCAAGCCCGACUCCAACUAUGUGGUGUUGGGCUGCCAGGAUGGGACUAUUGCCUUUUUCCAGCUCAUCUUCAGCACAGUUCACGGCCUCUACAAAGAUCGUUAUGCUUACAGAGACAGCAUGACUGAUGUCAUUGUCCAGCACCUCAUCACUGAACAAAAAGUAAGGAUCAAAUGCCGUGAGCUGGUGAAGAAGAUUGCUAUCUACAGGAACCGUCUGGCCAUCCAGCUGCCCGAGAAGAUUCUCAUCUAUGAGCUCUACUCGGACGACUCCUCAGACAUGCACUACCGCAUCAAGGAGAAGAUCUGUAGGAAGUUUGAAUGCAACUUGCUGGUGGUUUGCUCUCAGCAUAUCAUCCUGUGUCAGGAGAAGAGGCUCCAGUGCUUGUCCUUCAAUAGUGUCAAGGAGAAGGAAUGGCUGAUGGAGUCUCUGAUUCGGUACAUCAAAGUGAUUGGUGGGCCUCCUGGCAGAGAGGGCCUGCUAGUAGGGCUGAAGAAUGGAGCCAUCUUGAAGAUAUUUGUUGACAACCCGCUUGCUAUCACUCUGCUGAAGCUGUCAACAUCAGUGCGCUGCCUGGACAUGAGCAGCUCCCGCAAUAAGUUGGCUGUGGUGGACGAGCAUAACACCUGUCUGGUCUAUGACAUUAAUACCAAAGAACUGCUGUUUCAGGAGCCCAAUGCUAACAGCGUAGCCUGGAACACACAGUGUGAGGACAUGCUGUGUUUCUCAGGCAGUGGUUACCUCAACAUCAAAGCAAGCAACUUCCCUGUGCAUCAGCAGAAACUGCAAGGCUUUGUGGUUGGCUACAAUGGCUCAAAGAUCUUCUGCCUCCACGUUUACUCCAUGUCUGCCGUGGAGGUCCCUCAGUCAGCGCCCAUGUACCAGUACCUGGAGAGGAAAAUGUUUAAGGAGGCAUACCAGAUCGCCUGUCUGGGCGUGACAGACAAUGACUGGAGGGACCUGGCCACAGAGGCUCUGGAGGGACUUGACUUUGACACAGCCAAGAAGGCCUUCAUUAGAGUCAGAGAUCUGCGCUACCUGGAGCUCAUCAACAGCAUCGAGGAGAGGAAGAAGCGGGGUGAGAACGACAAUGAUCUGUUCCUGGCAGAUGUUUGUGCCUACCAGGGGAAAUUCCACGAGGCUGCCAAGCUCUACAAACGCACCGGCCAAGACUCAAGAGCCCUGAGCAUGUACACGGACCUGCGCAUGUUCGAACACGCCAAAGAGUUUAUAGGAGCGACAGACCCUAAGAAUUCACGAAUACUGAUGACCAAGCAGGCGGACUGGGCUAAGAACAGCAAGGAGCCUCGGGCUGCUGCGGAGAUGUACCUGUCCGCAGGAGAACAUCUCAAAGCCAUUGACAUCAUAGGAGAGCACGGCUGGGCAGACAUGCUGAUCGACUUAGCUCGAAAGUUGGAUAAAGCAGAGCGUGAACCUCUGGCCAAGUGUGCGCUCUACUUCAAGAAGCUGAAGCACCAUGGCUAUGCCUCUGAGACCUACUCCAAGAUGGGAGACUUACAGGCACUGGUGCAGUUGCAUGUGGAGGCCCGCCAUUGGGACGAGGCUUUUUCCCUGGUUGAGAAGUAUACACAGUUCAGAGAUGAUGUCUAUGUACCCUAUGCCCAGUGGUUGGCUGAAAAUGACCGCUUUGAGGAGGCACAAAAGGCAUUCCACAAAGCAGGGCGACAGAGUGAGGCUGUCAGAGUGCUGGAGCAGCUUACCCACAAUGCAGUGGUGGAGAGCAGGUUCAAUGAUGCAGCGUACUAUUACUGGAUGCUGUCUAUGCAGUGUCUUGACAUCGCAAGGGACAAUGAAGAGCAAAGGGAUGAGAUGCUGAAGAAAUUUGAGCGUUUUCAACAUUUGGCUGAACUCUAUCAUGUGUACCACUCCAUCCAGCGUUACACGGAUGAGCCUUUCAGCUCCCACAUGCCAGAGACUCUCUUCAACAUCUGUAGGUUCCUCCUGAACAACCUCUCAAAGGACGUACCGCUGGGCAUUUCCAAAGUUAACACCUUGUAUGCCUUGGCAAAGCAGAGUCGAAAACUGGGUGCUUAUAAGCUUGCCAGAUAUGCCUACGAGAAGCUUCAGGAGCUCCACGUUCCCUCCCGCUUCCUGGAGUCUGUAGAACUGGGGAGCCUCACCAUCGGCUCCAAACCCUUCCACGACAGUGAGGAUCUUAUAGAGGGAAUGAUGUGCUACCGCUGCUCCACCAACAACCCCCUACUGAACAGCCAGGGUAGUGUGUGCAUCAACUGCAAACAGCCUUUCAUCUACUCAGCUUCGUCAUAUGAGGUGCUCCCACUGGUGCAGUUCUACCUAGAGGAGGGCAUCGGUGAUGAGGAAGCUGUUUCUCUAAUUGACCUGGAGGUCCCUCACGUAGACAGGAAGGCUGCACGCUGGCAGCACAUGGGCAGUGCAUCCCAGUCUUUAAAGCUGGAUGACAAUGUGGAAGACAUAGAGGAAGACCCUUUCACGGCCAAAAUGAGCUUUGAGCAGGGGGGCUCUAACUUUGUCCCAGUGAAAGUGAAUCGCUCAGUGCUGCGCUCCAUGAGCAGGAGGGAUGUCCUGAUCAAGCGCUGGCCCAGGCCACUCAAGUGGGAGUAUUUCCGCUCCCUGCUGCCUGAUGUGAGCAUCACCAUGUGCCCCACCUGCUUCAAGAUGUUCCACAGUGAGGAUUAUGAGCUUCUUGUACUUCAGCACAACUGCUGCCCUUACUGUCGCAGACCCAUUGAUGAGCCAAACUGAUCUGUAGUCAGCUAGAGCAAUUUUUUUAACACUUUUUGUUUUGUGUUUCUUACCCUUCACUUCUUCUAUUGUUUUUAUUUCAUCUGUCCUUUGGUUUGCAUCGAUUUGUUUCUGUAAAAGUCAGCAGUAUAAUAUUCGUUGUAAUAUUAAUUGUACAGGUAUGUUCCUCCAUUUGCUCCCUUUUAUUGCCCUAGAGCUGUUGAUUGAAAUGUAAGUGUUUGUGUGUUGGUCAGUGUAGACUUUAAGAAAAGCGCGUUGUCAGCUAGUCGACGCGAGCGGCUUAUUAGGCUCAGAUUACUUAGGGCUGUCACUAAUUACAUCAUCACCUGAAAGGGAGCAUGACUGCACAAUGUGUGAAAUACCGCUAGAGAAAAUACCUUAAGAAAAUAAGAUGAGGGGGGAAAAAAAUCUAAACUUUUAACUUAAGCAAAUAUAUUUACUGUUGGUAUGUGCAACAUGACAUGAUUGACACUGUGGAAAAAAGACGUCUGUCUAAACAAGUGCCGUUAACAUAUUUUCACGCUUCAACUAUAUAUUUUGUGAUGAUAUCGCAUAGGUUUUUGUACAAAUAUUUUUCUACUGCUGAUAGAAAAACUACAGCUUUUUCAAAAAAGAUAUCUCAGUAUUUUCUAAAGUAGGCUUUGUGUGCUUUGUGUUCGACUUUGUAAUGAGUAUCUAUACUGAAGCGGUCAUCAUGGAGUUUUUUUUGUUUUGUUGUGAUGUUACAUUGGCGGCUUCAGUAAUGACAACUUGCUACUCUCCCAGACUGCUGUAGGAUGUGAGAGUGACAGAAUGGGGAAGAAAGAAGCACGCUUUGUGCAAUAUGUCAUGAUGAGUCUGAUCACACCCAGAGUAUGGCUUUCCACUUAUGAUUUGAUUUGAGGUCAGUUUUAUUUAGUUAAGGAUUAGGUUUACACUUAUGUAAAUUAGCUGGAAAUCUCAUUUUGUAGUCUGUGGGCUGUAAACAGUUUAAA